AUGAGGGUGAUGAUCAUAAACAGGUACAUCAAUGGGAAAGAGCUCAAACCCACAAACAGUUUUCUAAGGCUGGUUUCAUCACCCGACCCGGUCUGCAACAUUGCCACUGAUUUUUCCGGUGGCCGGAGAGGGGUGAAGCUCGGCCGACCCACCAUGGUGUACCGAGAUAUGAUCAAACAUGUGCUCGGCCCAUUCUACUACACAACACCCAUGUGUGAUGAACCCGAUACCGGCAAUCAAUCUGAUGAUGGCAAAGGAACUAAUUACUGA